AUGUCCUCCCCACCCCCACCAGGAAUCUACGUGCCCGUGCCAACCUUUUUUGCCUCCAAAUCCAGCUCCGCCUACGACGCCGCCAUCCCGCCCGCCGACAUCGCCACCCAGUCUGCCCACGCAAUCUACCUCGCGAAAUCGGGCAUCAAGGGUCUCGUCAUAUUCGGCAGCACGGGGGAAUCCGUACACAUUCACCCGCGAGACCGCCGAGCCGUGCUGCAGGGGGUGCGAGAUGCCCUUGUCCACGAAGGGUUCAGGGACUACCCCAUCAUAGCGGGAACGGCCACGGCAAGCAUCGAAGAGACCGUCGAGCAGCUCACCGAUGCAAAGGAGGCCGGCGCCCAGUGGGGAAUGGUGCUGGCGCCGGGAUACAAUGCCGCCGUCACGCCGCAGGAGGGCAUCGUCGGGUGGUUUACUGCAGUGGCAGAUCGGAGCCCUAUCCCCAUUCUCGUGUACCACUUCCCCGGAGUGUCAAACAUGGUCAAAGUCACACCGGCUACAUUUGCCACUCUUGCCGCCCAUCGCAACGUGGUUGGUUGCAAGCUCUCCCACGGGGACGUCUCUCUACUGACACAGAUUGCGCUGAACCCGGCCAUUGACGCGGCCCGCUUUCACGUCUUCACCGGCCUGGGACAGCAGCUCCUGCCCGUGGUGGGCGUCGGGUGCGUGGGCGCCAUUGAUGCCUCGGCGGGAUUCUUCCCAAAGUCGCUUGUGAGGCUGCUUGAGUUGGCAGGCAAGACGCGGCCUACGGAAGCAGAAGCCAGGGAGAGGAGGGAGCUGCAGUACAAAGUAAGCUGCAUGGAAGAAAUUGUCGUCAAACACGGCAUCGUGGGCAUCAAGGAGGCAACGAGUCGGCUGCGAGGGUUUGGGGACGUGGAUGGCUCUAGGUUGCCGCUGCACGGGACCAUCCAGGGCGGCGAGAAUGAGUGGAAGAACUGGGAGGGCGUUUUGGCUGCACUAGAGGAGGUUGAGAAGCGCCUGUGA